GCGGCGGCCGGGCAAGAGGUCGCGGCGGCCGCCUCCUGUGCUCACGACUGGCCUGGGCCUUGACCUGUGUGCCUCUUGCCCUGCCGGCCGGCCCAGGGCUGGCGCGCACCGAGGCCUUGUUUAGCGCUUCUUGGCCGGGGUUGCGAGUACCUCCCGCAGGCCUGGCUGUGGUGAGAACUUCAGUGAUUCUCGCCGCUCCCGACUUUUGUGACCUUUGGCAAGGGGCUUAUGUAGCCCUUGAUUUUUCCUCUGUGAAAUGGAGAUCGUAACAGUGCUUGUCUCACGGUGCUGUCAUGAGAAUGUAGUGAGAUAUUCUGCCGUGCCUCUCAUCACACUUUAACGUGCCUGCGAAUCGCUUAGAGAUUCUGAUUCUGUAGGGCUGGCGUGGGGCCUGAGAUACUGUGUUCCUGACCAGCUUCCAGACGAGGCUGAAGCUUCUGGCCCGCAGACCACUCGUUGAGUAGCAAGGCCCUACAGGAUUUUGCUUAGUACUUGGGAUGCGGAGUCUUCAGUAAACAUCAGUAUGAUACGAUAUAUACUCCCGCCCCCCUCCCCCCAUUUUUAGCAGUUUAUAAGGGUAGUAUUGAUGGCCUUCUCCCCUUUGUUUCUCUCCAUGGGUAAGAAUAGUUACUCUCUCUUUCUUUGCAAACCAUGACACAGCUCUUCUGUCUUGAUUCAGGGAACUUUGGGUCCCCUCAUAUCAAAUAUGUUCAUCAGUCUCCUCGGGUGGUGCUUCACUGAUCAGACCCUUGGACAGUGCUUCAUCCAGUGGAGCCGAUAGCCAGCUGCAUUAGCACCAACUGUGGCUGAACGUUUUGUGCUCCAGUCAUUUGUUGCUGCUGGAAUCUUAAUUCACGUUUUCUCCACUUUGUGAAUAGUAAGAAUGGCCGCCUUUCCAGAACUAGCUUCUGGAAUGAUCUUGAAUGAUCUUGGGCAAGUCCUCGGAUGAUUUUGUUACUACCUGGUAGACUAAAAUAAAAUCCGAAGAGUCUGUGCUGCAUAACAGAACUGAAAAAGUGAGGCCUUUGGCAGUUACGCAGGUCUGAUGUUUAUUAGUCAGUAUGAUUUUCUUUCCCAUCCGUUGGUUUAUUUUGCUAGUCCCUAAUAAGGCCUUGCCAUUCAUCAUGUGUGAAUAAGUUAACUUUGAUAUAAAAGAAUUCCAAGGUCAGGUGCAGUGGCUCAUGCCUGUAAUCCCAGCACUUUGAGAACCUGAAGUGGGAAGAUUGCUUGAGCCCAGGAGUUCAAGACCAACCUGGACAACAUUGGGAGACUGUCUCUACAAAAAAACAAAAAACAAAAAUUUAGCCAGGAGUGGUGGCACGAUCGCCGUCCAAGCUACUCAGGAAGCUGAGUAUCUGGCACCAAUUCUGACCCAGUCAUUUGUGAUCCCUGGCUCUUGUGAUAUGCCGAAGAUUUCCAGGCAGUUUUUGUGGAACACCUCCACAUCCAGCUCUAAUCAAGCACCAUGUAAACAAGAAAUUGCCUGGGCAAACCUGUGAGGACUGUAUUCUGACUGCCAAAAAGAUCACUUCUGACACCAGAAUGGCAACUCCCAAGUUGUUAAAACUUUUAGGACACCGAGCAUUUCGCAGUCCUUUUGCCUCCUGUGCCUCCCGAAGUGUGGCAUAUUGGAAUGUGAGCAGCACACAGCAUGGGGGACCACACCCUCCAGAACACACAAGCCUCUGCCAUUCUGCCAAGAAACCUAAGAACAUUUGUAGCACCUUCUCUUCUUGGAAUAUCCUCACAACCAGCAGUGCCCACCGAAGUUUGGAAUUCAGCAAGGCUUCUUCCUCUGAGGACAGCACAUUGCAGCUGGGCUCACCCAGGACCACGAGAGUUGUUGAAGAGGAUGUAGAAGUUUUUGAUUCCUUUGAAGACACCCGAGUUUUUCUUGAGCUAAGACCAGAAUACCGUCUUCACAGCUAUAACGCAUCCGAGACUUGUCAGCCCCUGUCUGUUUCAGAAGGUGAACUAAUUUUGCACAAAGUUACAGUUUAUCAAGAUCAUCUCCAGGCUCAAGUCAUUGCUGAUUAUUUGUGUAAGCUGAGCUCUUUGCCUCCAGAGCAGCAUUCUUUCUUAUUGGGCAGUCCCAGGUUUGCUCUGCUCUGCCAGCUGAGUGUGAAGAAGAUAGAGCUCUUUGAUACCCAAGAUCUCAUCAAUAUUUUGAAAGCUUUUGUAAUUUUAGGAAUCCCUCAUUCCCAUUCAAUGCUAGAUGUAUAUGAGACCAAAUGUUGCCAUCAGGUGUGGGAGAUGAGUAUGGAUCAGCUCCUUUUGGUGGCUGAUCUCUGGAGGUACUUAGGCCACAGAGUACCUCGGUUUUUUAAAAUUUUUUUUAGCUAUCUUAAUUUGCACUGGAAAGAUAUAUCCUUGUCCCAGCUAGUUCACUUAAUUUAUGUUAUAGGUGAAAAUCGUCAGGUAUCCCAGGAUGUAAUGCAAAAAUUGGAAUCAUUGAUUCUUAAAUAUAUAGAUUUACUCAAUUUAGAGGAGGUUGGUACCAUCUGUUUGGGGUUCUUUAAAUCUAGUACUAGUCUCUCUGAAUUUGUCAUGCGGAAAUUUGGAGACUUGGCUUGUGCUGACAUGCAGCAUCUGAGUAGUCACACCUUAGUGAAUAUUCUUAAAAUGUUCCGUUUCACUCACGUGGAUCACAUCAAUUUCAUGAAGCAGUUUGGAGAGAUUGCUCCUCAGCGAAUUCCUUCCCUGGGAGUUCAGGGUGUCAUGCACUUGACUCUUGCCUGCUCGGCCUUACGCUUCCUGGAUGAAGGAGUACUGAAUGCAGUGGCUGCAUCUUUGCCUCCUAGGGUGGUGCACUGUCGAAGUAAAGAUGUUGCCAAGAUACUGUGGUCAUUUGGAACUCUGAAUUAUAAGCCACCCAAUGCAGAAGAAUUUUACUCCAGUCUGAUAAAUGAGAUUCAGAGAAAGAUGCCUGAAUUCAAUCAGUUCCCAGAACACCUGCUCACCUGCCUGCUGGGCCUGGCGUUUUCGGAGUACUUUCCAAUAGAGUUCAUUGAUUAUGCUCUCAGUCCAGGGUUUGUCAGGUUAGCUCAGGAGAGAACUAAGUUUGACCUCCUUAAGGAACUGUAUACUCUUGAUGGUGCAGUAGGCAUUGAGUGUCCAGAUUACAGAGGCAAUCGUCUUAGUGCUCACCUUCAGCAAGAGGGGUCUGAAUUGCUGUGGAAUUUAGCAAGAAAGGAUAUGAAUUCAAAGCCUGAAUUCUUAGAAACUCUCUCUUUACUUGACACCAUGUUGGGGGGGCCCCAGUAUAUCAAGCACCAUAUGAUUUUGCCUCAUACCCGAUCUUCUGACAUAGAGGUCCAGCUUGAUGUUAACCUGAAGCCGUUACCAUUUAAUAGAGAAGCCACACCAGCUGAAAAUGUAGCCAAAUUAAGGCUUAAGCAUGUGGCAGUCAGACUUACAGAUGAUUUGAUGAAUCAGUUACUAAAAGGGAAAGCAAGAGGACAUUUCCAGGGCAAAACUGAGUCAGAGCCUGGGCAGCAGCCCGUGGAGUUAGAGGAGAAGGCAGCUGCACCUUUGGGGGGCUCCCUUUGUAAUAUAGCAGAUAAAUCACGGGCCAUGGAGAUUGCUGGCCUAUGCCCCCCAGCCUGCAGGCAGACUCCAAGAGUGAAGCUGGCUAUUCAGUUUACAAACAGGAAUCAAUACUGCUAUGGCUCCAGGAAUCUCCUUGGACUGCACAGCAUGAAGAGGCGGCAGCUGGUUCGGCUUGGCUACCGUGUGGUAGAAUUAUCCCACUGGGAAUGGUUCCCAAUACUGAAACGAACUCGCUUAGAAAAGUUGGCAUUUCUCCAUGAAAAAGUAUUCACCUCUGCUCUCUGAAGGGUAUUAGGGGCAUUUCUAUGGCAAAGCUGCAGGUGUAUACUGUACCAGGUGUUGCACAAUGAUUAUAAAAGCCAGAAUGUAAGUUUGGCAAUAAAAUAGUCUAUUGAGAAGACUUAGCUGUGUCCAAGGCAGAUUAGAGCUAGUGUACUUUGCUGUGAAUUGUAAUCUACUUGGAUUAUACAAAUAGUUGCAAAUCUGUACAUGUUACUCUUAGUAAAUAAUAAACACCUUAAUAUGUCCUAUGGUCAA